AAGGACAAUCAUUUACUUAAUCUAAAGGUUAUGAGACUUAGUAAACCUCAUAUACCAACUAAUAAUGCAGUAUUAUGUGAGAGAGAUGAUAUAAUGAAUGAUAUAUUACUGCCUUCAUCUGUACAGUUAGGUAAUAAUGAUACGAAUGGUGGAGGUAUCGAAGCAUUGGGUAUAUCAUCAAUGCUACUACUUCAAUCUGGUAUCAUCUACCUCGGAGAGAUCUUCACCAGCUACAUCACACUCAACAAUCAUUCUACUCAAGACGUCAAUAAUGUCUUUAUCAAAGUUGAGCUACAGACCACUACACAGAGGAUACCUUUGCUAGACUCUGAACAGAAUCCAAUCAAGAAGUUUGGCCCAGGCUUCAACAGCGACUUUGUUGUACAGCGUGAGGUCAAGGAGUCUGGUCCCAACAUUCUAUGCUGCGCUGUCAACUAUACUACACUGGAGGGCGAGGUACGCAAGUUUAAGAAGUUCUUCAAGUUCCAGGUCAUGAAUCCACUGAUCAUCAAGACAAAGAUACAGAACCUACCAAAUUUACUAUUUCUGGAAGCAUGCUUGGAGAAUGCAACACAAGGCUCAUUGUUCAUUGAGUCAAUAGCGUUUGAACCGACAGAGUUGUUCACUGUAACACCAAUCAAUGAUAAUACAGUCAGUGGUAUGACGAUCCCUGGCAGCACAUCAUCCAAUCCAACUUCACCGACUGUAGCCUCAGCGGCAUCCAAUCCAAUCAAAAGCAGCUUAGAUCCAUCAAUGAUAUUGGCAGAGUUGAGAGCUGCUUCCAAUGUUGUAUUUUUAAAGGAGGGCACUAGCAGACACUACCUGUUCAAGAUAGCGCCAAAGGACCCAAAUGACUUUGACACAAAGAACUCACCAUCGUUGGGCAAGUUGGACAUCACUUGGAGAUCAUAUCUUGGAGAGAUUGGAAGACUGAAGACAGCGUUCAUUCAACGCAAGGUCAACUUGGAGGAUGUAGAGUGCAUACUCACAAAGAUACCAAAGGUGGAGUUGGAGAAACCAUUCGUUGUGACAUCGAGGAUAAUCAACAAGACCAACAGAAUACUUCAUCCACUGUUUGUGCUGGUCAGGAACAAGAUGGAGGGCAUCCUCAUCAAUGGCCAUCUGCCAAGGAUUGGCGCACUGCAGCCAAACAGCUCAUUGGACAUUGACAUUGAGAUGUUCCCAUUGAAGCCUGGCAUGCAACAAAUUGCUGGCUUGGCCAUCAAACUACUGGAGACAUCACAGUCGGAUAGCUCAUCAUCGCUGAACAACCUCACAUCAUCUUCGUCAUCACUCGCAUCGUCUGUGGGCGGCGUCGGUGGUGUCGCGGCUGGUGCGCCACCCGCCGCACCCAAGAACUACUAUGAGCUUGGCGUGUUGGCUGAUGUCUUUGUCGAGAACAACAAUGCAUCAUCGUCAACAACACAACCAUUCUUCCAAGAGGUGUCCAAGGGCAAUCGCAACUCCAUCUUCCCC